AUGUCUCCCAAAGCACCAACGAAUCAACGAAAGAAGAGUAGUGGCUUUACGGAAGCCGAUCGGCGGCUGGCACGAGCUCAACAACUCAUGGAUGCUGAUCUUGACCGACCUACCGUUCCCUCAUCUGAUACGGCUCCCAUGUCUACUUCGAAUAAUCCAAGCGCGAAUGUUCAGCCUUCUGUUCGAUCUGUUAGUUCAAAACGCGAAGAAAAACGUCGAGAAAGUGGCGAGCGCGAAAAAGCUGAACAUGUUCGUCAGAAGCCCCAGCCUGUUCCAGUCGCUCCCGUCCAGCAAAAAAGGUCCACAUCACCGAUGAUCACCGCAGAUUCUUCAGUAGCGACUGCUCUUCCAUCUACACCAGCUUCAAGUACCCAGCCCACUGCCUUCACCGCUUCUUAUAAUGCGCCCACAUCGAGCACUAUGACGAACUCCGUACCGAUGACUCGACCAUCCGUUAUUCCUGUUUCCGCUGUUCAUCCAACGGUCUACCAAACAGCGAUCACUGGAACGGAACCUAUUCCGAUACCUGUCAUGCUGCCUGUCAUCCCAACUCUAAUACCCGGUCUGACGUUACCAAUCGGUGGAAUGGACAUGACGAGUGUUUCUUUGGGAGCACUGGCUGAAUAUUAUGGUCAAAUGGCUACCUACGACGAGUCAAAUAUGCCAGCCACUCCUACACCAUCACUAGCUUCCAGUAUCGGAACUGAACGAACGGGAGGGUUGCGAGAGAUGAACAGCGACUUCGUUCGCUCACGACGCCAUAGCGAAAGUGAACAUAGUGUGGCGAGUGAGCUAAGUGCUGCUCCUGAUUGGCUCGAUGAAGUUGUGGGACCAGACGAUGUGGAUGACGAUUUUUCGGCUAUGGCGGCAGCAAGCGAAUUCCUAAUGAGUGCAUCUGGUGAAGAUGCCAGCAGUAGCAGAGCUCAAACCCCUCAACCAGCCCUACGUCCCACUACCAAUAUCCAGCAGCCGCAGCAUCAGCAACAGCAGCAGCAGAAAAGACGAGUUCGCCGUGAUAAACGCCGUCGUGGUGGAAGGAGUAGUGGAAACGAAAGCGCUAGUAGUAGUGAUAAAUCACAUCGUAAUGCAAUUGGAGCUGAACGUGUUCCGAAGAAAACCCUAGCCGCUGAACUGAAUGAAGAGCGACGUCGUCGAGAGGACGAAUAUUUGAGGAACAACAAUGCAGGUGGUCUUGGUGAUUGGCCAAUGCCGGAUCUUCGUCUCGGCUCACUCAUUGAAACUGACGAACGAGUUAGCGGCGCCGGUCAAAAAAUCGUGAACUUGCAGCUGAACUGGCAGUCGGGUCGAACAUUUGGGAAACGUGGAAUCGCAUCUCCUACCAGCGCAAUCGUUCAUGACGACGCUCGCCAAGCCCACGACAAUGCAUCCUUCCAAGCUAACAACACUUGGCUGUGUGUGCCUCAGCUCAUAUCAAACAUCGCCUGUCUAACCAGCGUUGCCGCUGUUUCAAAUGGGCCUGGUGAAGCACUGCGACGUGAACUCAUGAACGAAUCUGCAGAAGCUGGAUCGACCGCCUCCAAUAUGCCACGAACCUUGAUGAAUCUUAUUGGAGAAGAGUUACGACAGUGGGAAAAUGCUCUUCAUUCAUCUUCAAAACCAGGAUUGUUUUCACUCGCUCGUCGUAUCCUUGUUCAUCCCAAGUUCACCAAAUCCUAUGCAUACAACACUUUUGCUGCACUAAAUAGUCUAGGAGUAGAAAUGAAAAUCCUCGAAGGACCGAGCGAAAUGGUUCAAUGGAUCCAAAAGAGCCUAAAGGCGAAAGGAGAGGAAAUGUAUGUUCGUUUCCACAGUGAUAGACCGAAGAUGAGAUAUUGUAGUUGCGGACGUACUGGAAUACUAGAGGUGCCAACCAAUGCGCCCAAUGUCUUUCUAUACUUUGUUACCGACGUAGAAAGAUCGACAAGUGGUCCUCAACUGGUUGAUAUGAUCAGAGAAGUGCAAAAGCAUACAUUCCAAUAUGGUGGCCUCACAAUAGUGUAUCUAACAUUGCUAAAGGCAUUAAGACAACGCAUGGUUUUGAAGUCACCUCCUUUUAACGUGGCCCAUAUUAAAUGUCCCUACACAGUGAUCAUUUACGACGACAAGAAGAAAAUGCCGGUUUAUUUUGGAAGGUCUCUCGACGUAUACAUCGCUUUAACAUCUCUCAGACAAUGCUUCUCCAGAAUUGUACGCCCGAAAGCUGUGGAUACGAAGACGCAUAGCGAACGUGAGAAGGAUGAAGAUAAGCCAAGACCAAAUCGAUGGUGUCGCCUAUCGUGA